AGUGAUAACGGCUAGAUUAAUAUUGAAGGAGCGCUAUCUUAUUCCAGUCACGUAAAACAAGUGACGAAACCUGCAAUCCAAUUGGCUGUCCAGAGGAGCUACUGAAUCGCGGAGUAGCAGAGGUCUGCAGCUGGACCCAUCAACGUUACAGACGCUUGAGGUGACGUGAAUCGUGACGUCAUCAAAAGCGACGGCAUCUGAAGCCACGCAGCCACUCGCGUUGUGCUGAACGCAAAUAAAAUAAAUAAAUAAUAAAAAAAAAAAACAGAAAAGCUGCUGUUUGAGUGAGGCAGGAGUGUGAGCGAGUUUAUAAAGAACAUCCCAGAUAGAAAGAGGAGAGGGACGAGACGCAUGAGGCUUACAUGGCUAUCAUGGAGAAAGGCAAUUUAAAAAUUAAAGAAGAGGAGUGUGAAUGGGAGUGUGUCCAUCCUAAACAGGAGAGUCUGGGCAUUAAGGAUGAAGACUGUGAACUGGGGUCAGUGGAUAUUAAAGAAGAGGCUGAAGAAGAGUCUGUCAGCAUUGAGGUACACAAACAUAAAAGUGUGGGGAGCAUCAAGGAAGACGACCUUCAUUAUGGAGCAGUGACUGGGAUGGGCUCUUCUCAAAGCAGGCCUUGUUUUUCUCCGGAGCCUUCUAUCAACGUGAAGUCUGAAUCAUUGCAGUCUGACACACAGAGGACUGAGGAAAAGUCAUUUGUUGGAACUGAGAACGAUCAACCACCACCUACAAAGAAAUCUGGAGCAAGAGGCAGCCCUCACUGCUGCUCUGAGUGCGGCAAACAAUUCUGUGGCAAGAGAACUCUUCAGAAUCAUAAAAGAAUUCACACUGGAGAGAAGCCAUAUUGCUGCUCUGAAUGUGGCAAACGAUUCCUUCAGAGGAGUACUCUUCAGAGCCACAUUAGAGGUCACACGGGAGAGAAGCCAUAUUGCUGUGGGGAAUGUGGUAAACAAUUCUGUCACAGCAGUCAUUAUUGGGCACAUGCUAGAAUUCACACUGGAGAGAAGCCAUAUUGUUGUAAUGAAUGUGGCAAACAAUUCUCUGACAGGAGUAGCCUUCAGAGACACAAAAAAAUUCACACCGGGGAGAAGCCGUUUUCCUGCUCUGAGUGCGACAAACGAUUCUGUUUCAAGACAAAUCUUCAGAUCCACAUUCGAACUCACACUGGAGAGAAGCCCUAUUGCUGUUUAGAAUGUGGGAAAGAGUUUUCACAAAGUAGCACCCUUCAGAGCCACAAAACCAUUCACACUGGAGGUAAGCCGUUUUGCUGUCCUGAUUGUGACAAACAUUUUGCGUGUAUCGCCAGUCUGAAGAGACACUCAACAGUUCAUACAGGAGAGAAGCCAUUUUGCUGUUCUGAUUGUGGCAAACAGUUUUCACGAAGUAGCGUUCUUCAGAGCCACCGAAGAAUUCACACAGGAGAAAAACCAUAUUGCUGUUUGGAAUGUGGCAAACAAUUUGCACAUGUUAAUACUCUGAGAAGGCACUCUACAGUUCACACAGGAGAGAAGCCAUACUUCUGUUUGGAAUGUGGGAAACAGUUUUCACGAAACAGCAUUCUUCAGAGCCACAGAAGGAUUCACACAGGCGAGAAGCCAUACAGCUGUAUGGAAUGUGGCAAAGAAUUUUCACAGUUGGGCAGCCUUAAGAGACACUCUACAAUUCACAAAAGAGAUAAACAAGAAGCCCCAAAAGACAGCGAAGAAGAAGCUGCCAUUUCUUGUUACUCUCAGAUGGAAGUGACAGAGGAGACGUGCCAGGUGGAUGUGUCUGAAAUGGAGGAAAGGACUGUUAACAUUAAGGAGGAGGAGGAUGACAGUGAAUGGGAGUAUGUGCACCAUAAACAGGAGGGUGUGUACAUUAAAGAUGAGGAUUGUGAACAGGUUAUAGUGGGACUUAAGGAAGAGACUGAGGAGAGUCCUAUCACCACUGGUCUAUUGCAUGAUAAAGUAAUAGACCAUGUCAAGGAAGAAGACCUUCAGUCAGAGUCCAUCUGUCAGUCUGAGUGUCAAAAUGGAGGUGUAACAGGAUUAGCCUCCCCUCGGAGGAGAAGUUGUAAUGUUCGGAAGCACUCUGUCCGUGUGAAGUCUGCUAUUUAUUCAGACGCAAAGGCCACUGAGGAAAUUUCAAGGAGAACACUGGAAGAUCAUUUGUCAUCUACAGAUCAAUCUGAAGAAGGUUUACAAGAAAAUGGUGGCUUCAUCUUACCCUCAUUGCCUCAGACAUCUCUUCAGCACAGAUCACAACAGAAAAAAAAUGAUGAAAAUAUGAAGAAACUGACAUCCGAAUCACAGAGUAUGAUACCAGCCUCUUUGCAGGAUGAUUCUCUGACGCUGAUGAAACUAACAACCGCUCAACUUCAGAUGCACAAUAGAGACUCGGUCACUGUCCACCAGGAGCAAAUGAAAAAGCUGAAAAGCAAAACUAAAUCCAGAGAUGGUAGUCUGAGUCAAACACAACAGAAGAUCUUUGAGUGCUCUGAAUGUGGCAAACAAUUCACACGAAUGGGCAAUCUCCAGGUCCAUGCCAGAGUUCACACUGGAGAGAAGCCAUAUUGUUGUUUUGAAUGUGGAAAAGGGUUCACCUGCAAGAGCAGCCUUAACAAACACAGAAGAAUUCACAUGGGAGAGAAGUCAUAUUGCUGUUCUGAAUGCGGUAAAGGUUUUACCUGCACUAGCAGCCUCAAGGAGCACAGAAGAACUCAUACGGGAGAAAAGCCAUAUUGUUGUUCUGAAUGUGGCAAGCGAUUCACACAAAUGAGUAAUCUUCAGGUCCAUAUGAGAAUUCACACUGGAGAGAAGCCAUAUUGUUGUUCUGAAUGUGGUAAACGAUUCACCUGCAAGAACAGCCUUAGUAAACACAGAAUAAUUCACACAGGCGAGAAGCCAUAUUGUUGUUCUGAAUGUGGCAAACAGUUCACUAGCAGCCAUGGCCUUCUGUACCAUAAAAGACUUCACACUGGAGAGAGGCCAUAUUCUUGUUCAGAAUGUGGUAAAGGAUUUCCUUGUACUAGUAGACUUCAAGAGCACAGAAGAACUCAUAUGGGUUAACUGUAAAAAUACUAUAAUGUAGAAACCUGAGACAUAACCACAGUGGCUUACUGCAAGGAGAACCUUCCUGCUUUCAAAAUCUGAACAAACUAAUAUUCCAAAAAAUAACUCUCCAGUAAAGGGCCCCUCCACCAUAUACUAGAUCUUCAUAGCAAUAGACCCUGAAAUAAUUCACACACACCUGGACCAGAACUGCCUGAUGGAAAUAUCACACAAAGGAAACCAAAGAAUGUCAUAUGGGACUAGAGAACAGCUACUACCCUAAAUGAAAUAAUCAUGUAAUGCUGUGAGAAAAGUGGAAAUCUUAGCAAGGUAUGGAUUGAUUGCAAAAAAGCAUUUUAACUGUCUCUCUUACUUUUGCAUCUGGAAAUGGCUAUACAAAAUUCACCUCGUUCUGAUAACUACCAUGCCUCACUAGCAAAUAACCUUGCAACUUCACGAGGUAUCGGUAUCCCAAACAUAAAAUUUAAAGUGGAAUAUUUCAAGGAGAUUAACUAGCACUCAUACUUUUCUGUCUGGCAUUAAACUCAUUAAUCAACCUCCUAGCUAUGGAUUUAAUUUCGGCUCUCACCAAUGAACCAGAACCUCAAAUAGUCCCUUGCCUCCUAUUUAUUGAAGAUUUGAAACUGUACAGCUCCUGCAGCUGGUAACAGGAGGAGCAACUACACUUAGUCAAAUUGUUGUCAAAUGACAUCAGAAUGACACUUGGGCUUGACAAGUAUCCCAAAGCAACUUUCAUUACUGGAAAUCUAACCUCGAUCAGGCUCGUGUUUUAAUAAAAAUUUGAACCCAGACGAAACAUUCAAAUACUCUAACAUGAAUAAAGGAGCAGACAUAAACCACAAGACAUUAAGAGAGACAGCCAUCAAGAAGAACAUAAAAGAUCAAUCAAUUUUCAAUCCCCAUCCUAUCCUACAGGGUUGAUAUCAUUAAUUAGUCACAGAAUAUCCUUCAAACAGGGGACACCACAAGAAAAAAUCUGCAUGCAUACCAACUCAUUUGCAAAAUUAAGUGUUUCAAGCGAUUAUAUCCAACUAUCAGAAGGAGUUUUGGGCCUAAUUGAAAUUGACUACAUUUACAGAUCAGCAAUAAAUUGGGCUACAAAUUUCUAAAUUAACCCCAAGGUCCCCAAAUGUCCAAAAUAAUAUUUAAUUAUGAAGUAAGAAAACACAAACCAACAUCCAUAAUCAAACUAGCUCAUUGAUUCUGAGAAAAAAAAAAUGAAGAAAUGGCAGGAACUUCCCCACCUUGUGCACAAAUGGACUGAAGGAAGAAUUCUAAAAUUAUACCAGCAAUAAAGAAGAAAGAAGACCACAAAUAUAGUUGUAAGCCUCACGUAGACUCAGAACUUAAUCAUUGCUAGCUCACAAAGGGUGAAUUAUGACCACAAGAUGAACGCCUAAUCAUAGCUGCACAUGACAGGGGCCUGUGCACAAAGUGGUUCAGGACAGCAAAAGAAAAAAAGGCAUAAGUGAUGCUUCUGCUAAACAGAACUAGAAACAGUCGCACAUCUCAUUGUUGUGUGAGGUACUGAUAGCUGAAGACUUACAGUGGCAUGUAAACAUUUGGGACCCUUGCUAAAAAUGUCUGUUACUGUGAACAGUCAAGUGAGCAAAAGAUGAACUGAUCACCAGAAGGCAUACAGUUAAAGAUGACACAUUUCUUU